AUGUCUUCCGCCGCCGCGCUCCUCCUCCGCCCCACGUCUGCCACGACACACCCGCUCCUCCACCAAUCCAGCCCCAAAUCAUACUUCCUCCGCCUACACCCGUCCCGCCGCCGCCUGCCCGUCCCGCGCCUGUCCCUCACGCCCACCACCGCCAGCAACAGCAAUAGCAACAGCUCUCCUCCCCCACCGUCCCCUUCGGCCCCUUCGCCCGCCCCCGCGGCCCCGCCUUCCCUUUUCUCCAACUGGUCCCCGCCGCGCGCGAUCUGGCGGGGGCUCUCGGCGCUGCUCCUCGCUGGCCAGGUCUUCCACCGCGUCCUCACGGGCCGCGUGCACCGCCGCAACCUCCUGGCCCAGCUUCGCCGGGUGGGGCCCGGGAGCGCGGGGGUCGCGCUCCUCACCGCGGCCUUCGUGGGCAUGGCCUUCACCAUCCAGUUCGUGCGCGAGUUCACCCGCCUCGGCCUCCACCGGUCCGUCGGCGGCGUCCUCGCCCUCGCACUCGCGCGCGAGCUCUCGCCGGUCGUCACGGCCGUCGUCGCCGCCGGCCGCGUCGGCUCCGCGUUCGCCGCCGAGCUCGGCACCAUGCAGGUGUCGGAGCAGACCGACACCUUGCGCGUCCUCGGCGCCCACCCCAUCGACUACCUCGUGGUCCCUCGCGUGCUCGCCUGCGUGCUUGCGCUCCCGGUCUUGACACUGAUCAGCUUCGCGCUCGGCCUCGCGUCCUCGGCGUUCCUGGCCGAUUCUGUCUUUGGCGUUAGCGUCAGCAUCAUUUUGGAGUCGGCGCGCAGGGCGCUGCGGCCAUGGGACUUGAUCAGCUCCUUGCUGAAAUCUCAAGUGUUUGGUGCCAUUAUCGCGGUGGUGAGCUGUGCCUGGGGAGUAACAACCCAUGGAGGAGCCAAGGGCGUUGGCGAGUCUACAACAUCUGCCGUGGUUGUUUCCUUGGUUGGAAUCUUCGUUGCAGACUUUGCUCUCUCGUGCCUGUUCUUCCAGGGUGCUGGUGAUUCGCUCAAGUAUGCAAUGGGUUGA